UUUUAAAUUUUUUUUUUUUGUCUUGUCGACUCUUAAGGUUUUUGUUUAUAUCUAUCAGAUAUGAAUAGUAAAGAUUUUGCCAGAUCCAGCCAGCCGAAAUGCUCUUUUAGUCAGAAGUCGGAACAUUUUCGUGAAUAACAUCAAAUCUUUCUGUCACCAGAGUGUGCUGCCUUUCUUUGUAGCUACCAAGAUGACGAGGAUCAGGAAGCCUACCCUGGACAAGCCCACCCCUGAACGCUACGUAGCUGCUGAACUGACUACUGUGGGACUGCAAGACCAGACCAACGGCUAUUUCCCUCACGCCGUCAUGGGCUGGGUGACCACCGUCGUGGCUCCCAUCAAGCUGGUCCUCUACCUGGGCCUGCGCAUGAACAAGGCCCAGCGUGGCGGAUACCUCAGGAGGAGAAAGCUGCGAUAGGUUGAGGACAUUGUGUGAUGGAAACCAAACUGGAUGAGAUGUUUUACAAAACACACGUACUGAGAUUUGAGAUUCACUUGGAGUCGUUUUGAAUCUCACAUCUUUGAAGUGCUUCCUCUUACGUAAUGUAUUUUUUUUUGUGUGUGUGUGUGUUAAAUGUGUGUGUUUGUUCUCUUUGGAUAAAUAUCUGGACAUGCUCACGUUCCACAAUGACUCAUUAUUAUUGCCUUCUUGCUGGUUGCCAGAAAUGGAGACCAAUCUUCUUUAUAUGGUGAGAGAAGCGUGUCGGGAGGGUUUUGUGUCCACUGCUGUUGUAAGCAGAGGGUUAUUUAUAUGGUGAUGGUGUUUUAUAUUUAUUUAAUUACUAAUUAUGCAUUUUCUUUUUAUCUGGGACUAUCUGUUUGCACUCUUGUUAACUGCCAAUAACUAGUUUGCAUUCAUGCCUUAGACCUUCUGAUGAGUGAUAAAUGGGUGCUGGCCUUUCUUAUCAUUAAUUUAACAUAUUAAGCAAAUCUAAAGUGGCUAUUUUGGGAUCUUGUACUGUAUCAAUAUAAAACCAAAGGUCUGAUUUAAGUGUAUUUUUGUUCAUUGGCCUUUUUCUGGCUUUUCAGAGUCUACCUGCCAGAUUUGGUUUAUUUAAAGCCUGUGCCUUUUUAUAGAAUAUAAAACUUGGUCACGUUUAUUGAAAGGAGAUCUAAUACAUGUUUACAUGAUGUUCUCCAUGCACUGAAGACUUAAAGGUGUGGUGGAAUGUCACCCGAGUGUCUUGAGUUUCAUCCCAAGCUGGAUUUGAGGAAUACCUCCAUAGCUUAGAUCUCUGUAUGAUUAUUUACGGACCAGUGAAAAGUCCAGGUGGUUAAACCUCAUUAGUCGUCCCCUGGUUUAAAACUUGAAUGUUCUUAUUCCAGACAUGUUGAAGAGUGGAACACAACGUGCUGCUUUACUGAUGCAUGACAAUCUGAAAUCUUGUUUGUUAAUAAAAAUGAUUUCUGUA